AUGCUGAAUCGUCCUAUCGCGGACAAUGUGGACAUCUCAAUUCAUCAGCCCAGAGAUCCCAACACAUUGAGUAACUACAAUGUCUGGAGAACCAAGCAUGUGACAGCGGACCUGGAGCUGGAGUUCAACAAGAACAGAUGUGUUGGUACCAUCAAGCUGGAGUUGGAGAGACUAGAAAAGGGUCAGGGAAGUGGAAAGGUCGUUCUUGAUACCAGCUUCCUUGAUAUUCAGGAAGUCAAGCUUGCUGGGAAGAAGGCCAAGUGGAAUCUUGGAGAGAGAUUCGAGCCUUAUGGAAGCCCUCUUACCAUCGAGAUCCCUGACGACCACUCUGGAGACGCCGAAAUUGAGGUCACCAUGGCUACCACGGACAAGUGCACUGCUGUUCAGUGGAUGACUCCUGAGCAAACUUCCAACAAGAAGCACCCUUACAUGUUCUCUCAAUGUCAGGCCAUCCAUGCUCGUUCGCUCUUGCCUUGCCAGGACACUCCUGAUGUCAAGUCGACCUUCACCUUCAACAUCCGCUCUCCUCUCCCUGUCCUUGCUAGCGGUCUGCCUACUGGAAACAAGGACUUCCGUCCUGGUGAGGGUGAUGCUCCCGGUACUCUUCUGUACACUUUCGAUCAAAAGAUCCCCAUGCCCGUCUACCUCUUCGCUCUUGCUAGUGGAGACCUUGCUUCUGCUGCUAUUGGUCCUCGCAGUUGCGUUCACACUGGCCCUGAAGAGCUUUUGGCUUCACAGUGGGAGUUUGAGCCCACCGAGAAAUUCAUCCAGGCUGCUGAGAAGAUUGUCUUCCCCUACGCUUGGACACAGUACAACGUGCUUGUCCUGCCUCCCAGUUUCCCAUACGGUGGAAUGGAGAAUCCCAUUUUCACCUUUGCGACACCAACUCUUGUCUCUGGCGACCGCGAGAAUGUCGACGUCAUUGCACAUGAACUCGCCCAUUCAUGGUCUGGUAACUUAGUCACUAAUUGCAGCUGGGAGCACUUCUGGCUAAAUGAGGGCUGGACCGUUUACCUUGAGCGCAGAAUCCAGGCCGCCAUCCACGGUGAACCCCACAGAGACUUUAGCGCAAUCAUCGGAUGGAAGGCCUUGACAGACAGUAUUGAAGGCUAUGGUGCUGAGCACGAAUACACAAAACUGAUUCCUGACCUCAAGGGCAAGGAUCCCGAUGAUGCAUUCUCCAGCAUUCCUUACGAGAAGGGCUUCACUUUCCUCUACUACCUCGAGAAGUUAAUCGGCAAAGAGAAGUGGGAUAAGUUUAUUCCCCACUACUUUGCCACCUUUGCUCAGAAGUCUCUUGACUCGUACGAGUUCAAGGCCACUCUGCUUGACUUCUUUGCGAAGGACGAGAAGGCGACUGACAAGUUGAACUCUGUUGAAUGGGACACGUGGUUCUACAAGCCCGGUUACCCUCCCAAGCCUGACUUUGACACCAGCAUGGUAGACGUCUGCUAUGACCUCGCCGGCAAGUGGGAGGCUCUGAACAGCGGAAGCUCGGAGUUCCUGCCUUCAGCCUCGGAUAUCUCGUCAUGGUCGGCCAACCAAUCCGUCGUAUUCCUCGAGAAGAUUCAGACAUGGAAGACACCUCUUUCACCAGCUCUGGUGGAGAAGAUGGGUGAGGUGUACUCCUAUGCUGCCUCAAAGAAUGUCGAAGUGGUCAGUAGAUACAUGAUUGUCGGUCUCAAGGCAAGAUGCGAGAGUGUGUACAUUCCCACCACCGAAUUGCUUGGCAGAGUCGGUCGCAUGAAGUUUGUCCGCCCGCUCUACAGAAACCUGAGAGAGUGUGAUGAAAAGCUGGCUCAACAGACGUUCGAGAAGUACAAGGAGUUCUACCAUCCUAUUUGCAAGGACAUGGCUAGCAAAGAUGUUUACGGAAAGGGUCGCGGCGGUUAG